AUGUCGAACCCCACAGAAGAAUUUCCGUACAAGAGAUUCACUCUCAACAGCAGGCCAAGCAGGAGGCCCAGCUCCCACUGCGCCCCAUCUAUGUCGGCGAUGGGACCUGUGUCCCAGAUGCAGGACUGGCACGCUGCCCCUCUCCCUAAACAGUACCCUGCUGCAGCAAGUCGACAGCGUCAAUAUAACCCCAACAGCCCCCCAUCCCCUCCAAACAGACAACGCCAGGGAGGUAUUGUAGCAAAUACCGGCUUUCCUAGGACUCAUCAGGCAUCAAAGCAGGUGCAUCACAGCAUCGACGAAGACAUAAAGGAUCUACAAGAAGAGGAUCUCGAACGAUUAGGCAACGCCGUCAACACGGUUGCUGUUUUUGUGGCCCAGAUACAUGCUGGGUUGCUUCAAUCUGGGGUGGCAGAGGCUACAAGGAAUGAGUCACUCGUGAGCGGAGAGAGCCAGGCUGAAGCAGCUCCUAUGUAUGAAAGUACCGUUGGGCCAAAUUUCUCUGAGAUGAUUGAUUGGUCGGUACCUGGAAGUGAAGGACUGCCGUGA